UGGCGAUGCAUUAAAUCUUUCUUCUCCAACUUGAGUUUGACUCUUCCCUCCCCCAAACCUUCCGACCAAGGAAAGGAUCACCACUUCUUCUCACUCAACCCCCGACCACCAAAGACACUCUGCUGCUUCUUCCCUACGGUACAUCCACGAUCCUUAUUCGCGCUUCUCCGUCUCAAUAUUGGAUCUUAUACCACUCUCUUAUUCCGAAUUUUCAUUUCCCCCUCCCGCACGACAACAUCAACACGAUGGAGACGAAUAGUCAACGGAAUGACAACAACAUCAACAACCAUCAGCAGCAGCACUACCUCCACCUCCUGAAGACGGUAAUCAACGGCGACUGGGAGACGGCAAAAUCAAUCUUCGAUUCCGACCCUUCCGCCCUCACCGCCCGCCUCUCCGAGUGGCAGGAGACCACCCUCCACGUGGCGGUCAACACGGGCCGCUUCCUCCACUUCGUCCGCAACCUCGUCGACCUGCUGCCGGAAACCUCGGUCCGGCUCACCGACGGGUACGGCGGCUCCGCGCUCCACAAUGCGGCCAUCGCGGGCAACACGGAGGCCGCGAGGAUUCUGGUGGCGAAGGCGCCGUCGCUGCUGCAUCUCAAGAACAACAACUUCGGCGACGCCCCGAUUCACUCCGCGGCGCGGUACGGGCACAGGGAGACUUUCGAGUACCUGCUGUCGGUGACGAAGGAGGAUGUGGAUCCGAGUCCGUUCGCCGGGCAGGACGGCGCCAAGCUGCUCAAUCUGCUCAUCGUCGGCGAUUUCUACGGGCUAGCUGUCGAAGUGCUUCGAAGAUUCCCUGCAUUAGCUCGCGAGCACGACUCCUUCGGCCGAACAGCCAUAUCCACUCUAGCAGAGAAGCCGCUUGCAUUUCCGAGUGGGACGAGGAUCGGACACUGCCAACGCUUCUGGCGGCACUGCAUUUCCUUACUAGGCAAGACGAAUUGCUCAAUUCGUUCUUCCUCCGACGACGUCGAAAAAACCCGGGGCGAAACGAUAUUGGAGCUCCCGAAACACAGACGAGCGAUGGAGCUCCUCAGGCUGCUGAUCUCCGGCGUUCUGGAAGCAGAGACCACGGCCGAAUUCGAUCGGCUUCUGGCACCUCCAAUUGUCUUUGCAGCCGCAUUGGGGAUCUACGAAAUCGUGACCGAGAUCGUCAGGGCCUAUCCGAAUGCAAUUUGGCUUGCCGAUCCAAAUGGUAUGUACAUUUUCCACCUCGCGGUGAUCAAUCGUCAGGAGAAGGUAUUCAACAUUCUGUACCAGAUGAGCGCGAAUCGAAACUUCGCGACGGCGCUGAGGGUUAGGGAUUCCGGAGACAAUUUACUGCAUUUGGCAGGGAAGUUGGGGGACACGGAGAGGAUUCCAGGCGCUGCUCUCAAAGUGCAGCGCGAACUGCAGUGGUUUAAUGAAGUGGAGAAGAUGGUCCAACCAUCGUACCGCGAAAUGAAGAACUACGCGUGGAAGACCCCGCGGAAUCUCUUCACCGAAGAGCACAAGUCGCUAAUCGAGCAAGGGGAGAAAUGGAUGAAAGACACAGCACUGUCCUGCUCCGUCGUGGCGGCACUCGUCGUCACGGUUGUCUUCGCAGCAGCAUUUACCUUGCCCGGAGGAGCCAACGACAAGGGCGUCCCGAUCUACAUCAACAACGGGCCGUUCAUCGUGUUUGUGGCUGCCGAUAUCCUGGCGCUCUUCUCCGGCUCAACUUCCUUGCUCAUGUUUCUGGGGAUCAUGACCGCGAGAUACUCGGAGAGGGAUUUCCUGAGGUCGCUGCCGAUGAAGAUGGGGAUCGGGCUUUUCGCGCUCUUCUUGUCGAUUGCUGCCAUGAUGACGGCAUUUGGGGCUUCGCUGCACAUUAUUCUGUACCAUAAGGUGAGAUGGAUUCUGGCGCCGAUUGGGCUGGUGGCGUCUGUGCCUUCGAUUCUGUUUGCGUUUCUGCAGUUCCCUCUGUUGGCGGAGGUGGUGCUGUCGACUUUUGGUCCUAGCAUUUUUGGGAAGCAGAGUGAUGAGAUCAUUGCGUGAGAAUGAGUUGUUUGAAUGUUUGUUGUCUAGCUUUGUACAGGUGAUAAGCAUGGAAAUGGUGCCUAGUAGUAAUGGCGGCUCUGUAAUUUGUUUGUUUUUGGAAAGCUGCCUCAUUUGUGUGCCUCUGACUCUGACUAUGAGUUUCUUCGUCGCCCUAAAAAUUUGAAUUUAUCGC